AUGGUUUACGUUCGGUUGACGUUCCACGGUGUCGAAUCUGACGGAAGCUCGCUGGGUUCCUGUCGGAAUAAUUAUGUGCAAAAGUUCAGCAGUUUGCUGGAAAACGGACAAAUUACUGACUGUACACUGGUCUCGCGUGAUGAAAAAUCGUUCGCCGUGCAUCGUGCUGUUCUGGCUGCGCAGUCGCCGGUGUUUGCUGCAAUGUUCGAGCAUGACAUGAAAGAGAAGUCGUCGGGAGAGUGCGUUAUUCAGGAUGUUGAUGGAAUCGUUUUAGAGGCCCUCAUCAAGUUUGCCUACACGUGCGCGCCACUGGAGCUGCCGGCGAUCCACUUGCCAGAUUUGCACGACGCUGCGGAUAAGUAUGAUAUGGAUGAUUUGCGACGCCAUUGUGAAAUCGUAAUGAUUGGCGCUAUUGCUGUUGAUAACGGGCUGCGUUACCUGAACUUUGCCACCGAACGCGGUUUACCGAAACUGAAAAAACAAGCCAUCAAGUUCCUGUAUCAGCAUAGUGACGAACUUUGAACGCUCAACAGUUAGGUUGGUUUGGUUAUGAGUUCA